GCGCAGCAGCUCGGGUUGUCGUCUCAGAGGCCGCCGACACGGAGACGGAGCCUUGCCGGGCGACGUACAUGUGUGUUCCCGCGGGUAAUUGUCCGUCACGGCAACGUCGACGAGCGCACUUGGCCAUCCAUCUCAGGCACCAGAGACGAGCUCCGAGAACACCCGAUGGCUUGUCGUUGAUAAUGGCGGGCCCGCCAUUGGUGCUCGGGUGGGGUCGUGGGGGCUGCAACGCACUAUGACUUCACUGCCCAGCUGGCUCUGGAGACUCCCAUGGGGCCAGGCGGUUUCCCAUGUGAAAGGAACCGAGAUAGCUCUAGGAGCAAAGUGGUCUGGGACGAGAUGCCAUUUCCGUUGCUGUUCAUGCUGCGUUUUCCGGUCCUGUUCUUGGUCUGUGCCGUUGAGAAUUGACUGCGCCGGCCCUCACGUGCACGAUACAGCCUUCGUAUCCAAUCUCGGUGCAUGGUCCCUGCCCGUCACGCGACUCACCAGCUUUUUCGUCUUCACAGGCAUUCUGAGACAGGCUCUCGAGUGUGCCGUGCCAGGCCUGCUGCACCCGUGGCCGACCAGGUCUCUGGUUGGCCAGGCUCGUUACGUAACGGCCAUCCACAUGAAUUCCACUUGUCCCAGGAUCAGACUGCGCCCGGCCACGCUCACGAGAGCCUCAAAUUUUUCGCAUGGCGGAGCACCAUUGCUGACCUUCAUUCCAAUGCGUACACCGCAGCCAGGGCCCAUCUUUGGUUCCCCCGUAGCCUCGGAAGAUGUCGGGGUUUGCUGAGCUCCAGCUCAAACUGAGCUAAGUCGUGGUCUAGAGCAGGCCCGCAGGUGUGCGAUUAACCAGCCACUGUGGAUCCCAUCUCGACUCGCCAAGAUUUCCGGGGAAAGCUCCUAGGCACAACGCUUGCCCAGGUUUGCACCUUGCCGUGUCAUGGUCUCGAUACGCGGUUGUCGUAUUGCAUGUGCUUGGUUGGGAAAUCCUCGUGAUGCGGACUGUACGCGACUUACGAGACAUCACAGGCAUGAUCUUUGUGUCUCAAUACUCGUCGCCGGCGUUGAGUAUUCCAAUGCACCGAGACCGCUCAAAGUCC